UUGACCUUUUAUCUCAACGUCCACCAUCCCACGUGGCAGUUCCCUUCACCAAGAGAAAUCUCAAUUCUCAAACAGAGAGACAGCUCUGGCCUCUGGGAACUUUGAAACUCUGUGUGUGUGUCUCUCUCUCUCUCUGUGAUCAUCCAUUAAUGGCGGUCACUGCACCCUUUUCAGCUGCGGUUUAUCUUCGAGGGCUCGAAUCCAACCACUUCCUAUCCUCUAAACCUCCCUUUGCCCGCGUUUUUCCGGCCAGAAAAUCGCUCACUGUCGUCGGCAUGGCACCCAAAAAGAAGGUGAACAAGUUGGACAACGACUGGGAGAAACAGUGGUUCGGGGCGGGCAUAUUCUACGAAGGGUCGGAGGAAGUGGAGGUGGACGUGUUCAAGGAGCUCGAGAAGCGAAAGGUCCUGAGCAACGUGGAGAAGGCCGGCCUUCUCUCCAAGGCAGAGGAGCUGGGCCUCACUCUCACCUCCAUCGAGAAGCUCGGGGUGUUCUCCAAGGCCGAGGAAAUCGGCCUGCUCAGCUUGCUUGAGAAGGCCGCCGGCUUCUCGCCCUCCGCUCUCGCCUCCGCCGCGCUACCAAUACUAGUGGCGGCGCUGGUGGUCAUCGUGGUGAUUCCAGAUGAUUCUGCGGGGCUGGUGGCGGCGCAGGCCGUGCUAGCCGGGACACUCGCGGUUGGCGGUGCUGGCUUGUUGGUUGCUUCCCUUGUCCUCGGUGGUUUACAAGAAGCUGAUUAAUUUUCUUUUUCUUUUUCUUUCUUUCUUUUCUUCUUCUUCUUCUUCUUUUUUUUUUUUUUUUUUUUUUUUUUUUUUGUCUUUUAAUUUUGUAGUGAAUGUGGGUUUUUUUUUCACCAAUAAAUGUAGAUUAUGGUUCGCUAAUAGUAAUAUCUGCUGAGAUUGGUGAAUUAGAUAGGAAGAGAUGUAUAGAGAUGAAUAUAUUGUCUAUUUUUGUAA